AUGUCUCUAUCAUUUUUUCGAAUCGGUUCACGCCGAUGUAUGUCUGUGUUUAAGACACAAGUGCCACCUUCUCCUGCUCCACCGGCAACAUCAUCUACCGAAAAAUAUGUUAAAGUUUAUGAUCGAGAAGAAGAUGUUAAUCAGAAACGUGUUACACUUCCUAUAAAUCGAGAUCUAUUUCCACCAGAUACUCCAACACAUACUGGUCAAGUAUAUGAUCGUGAUGAUUAUCGAAAUGUUCGAUUUAUGAAUAAAGGAAAAUUGGUAAAUCCUCGAUUUGCCAUUGAUUAUAUUCGUAAUGAUCCUGUUGUUGUAUGUAGAACUCGUGGUGUCUGGUCUGAUAGUGGCGGUCCAUUAGGUCAUCCUAAAGUGUACAUUAAUUUAGACAAACCUAUUGUACACAGUUGUGGAUAUAGUGGUAGAAAAUUUAUACAGAAAAAAUAUUAUGAUGAAAGUAAACAUGGACCAUCGAUUACCUAUGAAGAAUAUACAGCACAAGUUCGAAAUGAAGAAGAUUGUGCUUAUGAUGCAUCGCAUGCAACACCUUAUCAAUAA